UACAACCCUGUGUGUGCAUUCACACAAAAGAUGUAAUUUUGACAGCUGCUCUUUUCUGUUCUUUUCCGGUAACAACGUUCGCAAUGGGUCGCGUCAGAACCAAGACAGUGAAGAAGGCCGCUAAGGUCAUCAUCGAGAAGUACUACACACGCUUGACGUUGGAUUUCCACACCAACAAGCGUAUCUGCGAGGAGGUUGCUAUCAUUCCCACCAAGCCCCUCCGCAACAAGAUUGCCGGCUAUGUUACCCACUUGAUGGGCCGUCUGCGUCACUCCCAGGUGCGUGGUAUUUCCAUUAAGCUGCAGGAGGAGGAGCGCGAGCGUCGUGAUAACUACGUGCCCGCUGUCUCGGCUCUGGAGCAGGACAUCAUUGAGGUCGAUGCCGAUACUAAGGAGAUGUUGAAGCUGUUGGACUUCCACAACAUUCGUGGCCUGCAGCUGACCCAGCCCAACACCAACAACUUUGGACGUCGCAAUUAGGUUUAGAUCGGAAGAUGGUGGUCCCUUAAAGAUGCCUGUUUUAUA